AUGGACGCUAGACGCGGGCUGGAGACGCAACUCGAGAGGACGGUAGGAGAGAAAACAGAGAUGGUGAGGGAGAUCGAGGAAUUCUCGCUGCCGCUGCGUCCUUGCUGUUGUUGUGUCCUCGCCGUCGCCGCGUCCUCUUCGUCGUCGCGUCCUCGCCGUCGCCGCGUCCUCGCCACCGCUGCGUCCACCAUCGUUUCUCUCUCGCCGCACAGGAGAAGAGGAAAGGUGCUAGUGCCCAAGCCUUGGGCUUCAGCAGGGAUAACAAUAGCCAACAAUUGUUCCUAUCCAGUCUGGCCAGGAAUUCAGUCCAGUCCAAAAUACCCUGUCGUGGCCCGCGGGGGCUUUUUCCUCCCUCCUAACACGGAGCAGUGGGUUGAUUUUCCCGAGAUCUGGUCAGGCAGUAUUUGGGGCCGCUUGGGCUGUAAUUUUGAUGUCGCGGGCCGUGGCAAAUGUGUCACCGGAGACUGUGGCAACGGCCUCUACUGCAACGGGCUCAGCGGUGCCCCGCCGGCCACCAUUCUUAGACUCUCUAUGCAACUUGAUCAAGAACUCUACAAUGUCCCCAUCACCAUAAAAUCAUUCACAGGCCCAGAUGAUUCUAAGUGUGGGAUUGUGGGCUGUACCAAAGACCUCAACACUGUGUGCCCUGCUGCCCUGCAGGUGCGCUCAAGGGACAAUAAGAGUGUAGUCGCGUGCAAGAGUCCAUGUGGAAAUGCAAAGACAUGUGGGCCCAACCAAUAUUCUAAAAUCUUCAAGAAAUAUUGUCCUAAAGCUUAUACCUAUACCUUUGAUAAAACCCCUUCUAGUGUUGUUCCUUGUGCCAAUGUUGGUUAUGUGAUCACUUUCUGUCCUACAAAAAAAAUGAAAGUGAACCUUGUUAUCAACAUAUAA